AUGAAUGAGUCAAAAAAAUUGUUGUUGGAAGAAGAUCAAAAGUUUGAAGACGAAAAUGGAGAAGAAGCUGGAAAUCAGGAAGACGAUGAUGAAGAUGUUGUAGAAAAUGAAACGAAAAAGUGAGUUAGACAAAAUUACUGUAUUUUUGGAAGGUUGAAGAAAAAUAAAAUAUUUUCAAGUUUCUAAUUCAAGUUUUCAUUUUCCUUGUGAAACGUACAUGGUCCACUUUUUUUUAUUAGAAAUUUAUUGUGUUAGAAACAGGCUUGGGGAACCUGGCUUUCUGGUUCAAUUCAGGCAUCCUUAAAAUCCAAUUUUGAGAGUUUAAUUUAAAAAAUCCUAUUUUUUCACGAGUCUACUUUCGAGCAGGAGAAUAUCGAAAUCGAAAUUUGAGGUCAUCCUGAUUCCAGGCUAUUUUCCCCAAGUCUUUUUAGAAUCUGUCUCGUUUUCUUUCUUACCCUACUUAUUGUUAGCUUAUGUUUAGAAGAACCUCCUCAUUUUUGCGUUUGUUGAAUGUGCCACGUAAUUCUGUGUGUAAUGGAAACACAAUUCAUAGUGUAUCGUCAUUCAGAUCGGAUCAUGUAUCACGAAAAUCUACAAUUAAAUUGUUGGAAAAUCCAAAUUUAUUCGCCAGAGAAUUGGUAAGUUAUGAAUAUUUUGUUGAUUUUGAAAAAUAAAAAGAAAAAUCAAAAGUUUAUUUAUUUCGCAAUUUUUGUUUAGUGGGAGAAAUUUAAAUAUUUUUGUUCCAUUUUUUUGCAAAAAAUUUACAGUAGUGAAAAGAAAAAGAGAGAAUUUUUGUGUUUCCAAAACUUUUUCUAAUUCCAAACAUCAUUCCAUUUUUCAAAAAAAAAAUCAAUGUUUUUUUUAUUCCAUAAAUUUUUCUCUUCAUUCUUCUCAAAAAAAUCCCCAAUCACCUUGAGACUUUGACCAACAAAAGUUCAAAACUUUCUCUUUCCUAAAAUACUAUUAUUCAUAGUUUGAAAAAAAAUGCAUCGUCUAAAUACUCCCUCAAUUUGUUUUCAACACUUCUUACAGUCUGAAAAACUAUCUCAACCUUGGAUCGAAAACACAUUUGAGAAACGAGAAUGUAUUCGAUUUGUGAGUCAGGCAAAAGAUGCAGAUCGAUGUGGAUGUGGCAGAGUUUUGGCAUCACAUUCACAAGCAAGUCAGACUAGAUUUUUCGGAUUUCCCAGAUUUAAAUUAGAUGAGCCCGAAACUUGGACAAUUGCUAAUAAUACACAAACUUCCACAACUGAUGCAUUCGGAACUAUUGUUUUCCAGGUAAGUUUUUCAUUAUUCUAAUGUUGGAUAAUCGAAGUAUCGUAAAUUUUCAGGGCGGAGCUCAUGCUCAUAAAGCACAAUAUGUUCGACUUUCUUACGAUUCUGAUCCGAUGGAUGUGAUGUAUUUGAUGGAAAAAGUUUGGGGUUUGGAACCUCCGCGUCUUGUUAUCACAGUUCAUGGAGGAAUGAGCAAUUUUGAGUGAGUACCUUCCCACUUCCUUCUUAUUUUGAAAUGAUUCAGACUUCAAGAACGUCUUGGUCGAUUAUUUCGAAAAGGUAUGCUCAAAGCUGCUCAAACUACCGGAGCUUGGAUUAUCACAAGUGGACUUGAUUCUGGAUGUGUUCGACAUGUUGCAAAAGCAUUAGAUGAAGCUGGAAUAUCAGCAAGAAUGAGAUCACAAAUUGUGACAAUUGGAAUUGCACCAUGGGGUGUAAUUAAAAGAAAAGAAAGAUUGAUUCGAAAAAAUGAUAUGGUUUCUUAUGAUGUUCAUUCACUUUCUGUAAAUGCAAAUGUUGGAAUUUUAAAUGAUCGACAUUCAUAUUUUCUAUUGUCGGAUAAUGGAACUGUUGGAAGAUUUGGAGCUGAUCUUCAUCUUCGACAAAAUCUUGAAAAUCAUAUUGCAACUUAUGGUUGUAAUGGAAGAAAAGUUCCAGUUGUUUGUACUUUGUUAGAAGGAGGAAUUAGUUCGAUAAAUGCAAUUCAUGACUAUGUUACAAUGAAGCCUGAUAUUCCAGCGAUUGUUUGUGAUGGAAGUGGAAGAGCUUCGGAUUUGUUAUCGUUUGCUGCAAGAUAUAUCAAUGCAGAUGGGUUAGUUUUUGUAGGAACAUGUUUGAUUUUUCAAAUUUGAGAUUUUCAGAACGUUUGCAAGCGAAGUUGGAAAUCGUCUCCAAAUGCUCGUCAAAAUGGUCUUCCCGGAACAAAAUCACGAAGAACUUUUUGAAAAAAUUCAACAAUGUGCUGAAAGAAAAGAUCUUUUGCGUGUUUUCCGAUGUGGCGAAGAAGAAGAAGAAGAUGUGGAUUAUGUGAUUUUGUCGACAGUUUUGCAGAAACAAAAUUUGCCACCAGAUGAACAGGUAUGGAUAUUUCCUACUUGGACUAGUGAUAGAUAAUUUUGUCAAUUUUUCAAAUUGAAUAUAACUAUUGCGAUUCAAAAAUUGUGUUUUCAAAAGGUGUAUUUGCAGCUGGCUCUAACUCUUUCAUGGAAUCGAGUCGAUCUUGCAAAAAGUUGUCUAUUUUCAAAUGGUCGAAAAUGGUCGAGCGAUGUUCUUCAAAAAGCAAUGAAUGAUGCUCUUUACCUUGAUCGAGUUGAUUUUGUUGAAUGUCUUCUUGAAAAUGGCGUUUCAAUGAGUAGUUUUUUGACAAUCAAUACUAUGGAAAAUCUAUAUAACAUGGAUGAUAUUGCAAGUCCACAUUGUGUUCGAAAUUGGUUUAUUGACUUCAAUUCUGUCGAUGCUCAUACAUAUUUAACACUUCCUUUGAUUGGAAGUGUUAUUGAAAAAUUGAUGGGAAAUGCUUUCAAACAUUAUUACACUUCUAGAAAUUUCAAGACAAAAUAUGAUAAAUAUAAAAGAGCAAAUCAGAAUACUUAUUUUCAUCAGAAGAAAAGAUUUCAACGAGAUUUAUUCAAACCAAAAAAUAAUAAUCGAGAAGAUGAUGAUCAAGUUAGCACAAAUAUUGAAUCUGAUGAUUUUGUAUUUUUGUAUCCUUUCAAUGAUUUAUUGAUUUGGGCAGUUUUGACUCGAAGACAUGAUAUGGCAAAAUGUAUGUGGGUUCAUGGAGAAGAUGCGAUGGCUAAAUGUUUGAUUGCUGUCAGAUUGUAUAAGGCGACUGCUAAAAUUGCAGAAGAUGAAUAUCUGGAUGUAGAAGAAUCGAAAAAAUUGUUCGAGAAUGCGAUGUAAGUUUAUAGUGUUGGGUUGAAGUGUUGGUUCUAAAAUUUCAAAUUUCUAGAGCUUGUCGCGAAGAUGCAAUUGAACUUCUUGAUCAAUGUUAUCGAAAUGACAAUGAAUGGACUCUUCGACUUCUUCGAAUGGAACUUCCACACUGGGGAAAUCAUAAUUGUUUAUCACUCGCAGUUCUUGCAAAUACAAAAUCUUUUCUUGCUCAUCCGUGCUGUCAAAUUCUGCUCGCUGAACUUUGGCAUGGAUCACUUCGAGUUCGAAGUGGAUCAAAUAUUCGAGUCCUUACAGCUCUUAUUUUUCCACCAGCAGUUUUGAAAAUGGCUUUCAAACCGAAAAGAGUUGUUCCAAAAGUGACUGAAAUUGAGGAAAAAUUCGAGGAGAAUCAAAAUGACAGUGUUGUAAGUAUACAACAGACAACAAAACGAUCAUCAUUCAAAUUACAUCAAAUCAAUGAAGAAAAAUUGGCUCAACCCAAAAAAGUAACAAUAGUUUCAUCAAGAAAAAAUAGUUGUGGUGCAAGUGUUUAUGGAAGUUCAACAAGUAUGAUGUUCAAACAGGAACAAAAAAUAUCAGUGAUCGAAAAAUUCCAAGCUUUUUAUUCUGCACCAAUCACAAAAUUCUGGUCAUGGUGUAUUGCUUUUCUAGCUUUUCUCACUCUUCAAACUUUUAUUCUACUUAUCAAAACUCCAAUUGAAGCAACAAUGUUCGAAUGGGCGACUUUUGUUUAUUGUGUAACAUUGUCUGUGGAACAUUUGAGAAAAAUGUUGACUUCGGAUGGAACAAAAAUAUCGGAGAAAAUGAGAAGUUUUUAUUCAAAAUGGUAUAAUAUUUGGACAUCAGCUGCUCUAUUAUUUUUCCAUGUUGGAUUCGCGUUUCGAUUAAAUAUCAAUUAUCGAGAAACUUGGGGAAGAGUUUUAUUGAGUUGUUCAAAUGUGCUUUUUUAUAUGAAGGUAAGAUUUGGGAAGACUAGAAGCUCAGAUAAGUCUGGAACUGAUUCAAAAAGCUUAUGUACAACUAUGUUGUUCUCAUCGUUUCCCUGAUCUCUGAUUUUGCAGACUUUUGAAUAUCUAUCUGUUCACCCUCUUCUUGGUCCAUAUAUUCAAAUGGCUGCUAAAAUGGUCUGGUCAAUGUGUUAUAUUCUUGUUCUUCUUUUGGUAACUCUAAUGGCAUUUGGUGUAAAUCGACAAGCUAUUACAUAUCCAAAUCUAGAUUUCAAUUGGCUUUCAGUUAGAAACAUCUUCUACAAACCAUAUUUCAUGUUAUACGGAGAAGUUUAUGCUGGAGAAAUUGAUACUUGUGGCGAUGAAGGGCAGAAUUGUGUGCCUGGUGGAUUUGUGCCACCUUUUUUGAUGGUUGGAUUUUUGCUUGUUGCUAAUGUUUUGUUGCUCAAUUUGUUGAUUGCCAUUUUUAAGUGAGUUGGAACUUAUUUGGGAAUUUUGAAUGAGAAAACCAACCCAAGCCCAAAAAAUCCUUCCUUUUUUCUGAAAAAAAGUUUCAAGUAUUUCUGAAAUUUCAGCAAUAUUUACAACGACCUAAUCGAAAGAUCCAAAGAAAUUUGGUUAUUUCAAAGAUAUCAACAACUUAUGGAAUAUCAUGACAGUCCAUUUUUGCCACCUCCUUUUAGUCUGAUUGCUCAUGUUGCCAAUUUUAUAGUUUAUUUAUACAAUAUGAUAAGUCAUAGUAAAAAUAAUUCCCGAAUUAUUUCGGAAUAUUCAAUUAGUAAGUUUAUAUAUUUUUUUCCACUUCAAAAACAGCUUUCUUAUUUUAAUUUAAGAACUGCUGGUCAGUGAAGAUGAAAUGAAAAAGAUGCAAGAUUUUGAAGAAGAUUGUAUUGAUACUUUAACUCGAAUUAAACGAGUUCGUCAAGAUACUGGUGAAAUUUUGAACACUGCCGAUUUAACAGAACUAACAUGUCAAAGAGUUCACGAUUUGAUGCAGGAGAAUUUCUCACUGAAAGGUCGGAUUUAUGAUUUGGAGACUAAAAUUGAUACGAUUUCACAUGUUUCUGAUGAAAUUGUGCAGAUAUUAAGAAGUAAGCACACUAAAAAAAUAUCGGAUAUAUUUGUAUCGACUUAUUCAUUGCCUGAUACUUCGAUUGAUGUUAUUCCGAAGGUUGUUUUGUGAGUUUGGGGACACUUUUUGGUUUUUAGAAAAAUACAAUUUUUUUUCAAAUACCGAAUCACUUGAGAAAUCAAAUUACAAUUUUCAAAAAAAAACUUGAUAAUUUUUUAUUUAUUUUUCAAGCAACCCUCAAAAAAUCUUAGGAAACCCAAUGAAUGUCAUCUUUCCCCAACAACCGAAGAACGACUAGUUAGCAAAUCUCCAUUGAUGGCAAAUCUUCAUCGAGAUCAUACAUUGAGAAAAUACGACGAUGCAAACUUCCAAGCAACAAGUCUACAACGUAGACCUCGUUUACAUUCGUCUUCUUUCUCAAUCUCGCAAGAUAUGCGUGAUAUGAAAACAUCAGCAAGUACACGAAAUCUUCACAAAACACCAUCGCUUUCUUUAUCAACAGCUUCUUCUACAAAUUUUGUGAAAGAUGAAUACGAUUCGGAUGUUUCUGGAACACAACAAGAUCAACAUUCAUAA